UCCUGUGGCAUUGGAGGGAGAGGGAGAGGGAGGUAUGACGGCCAGAGGGAGUGCUAGUCGCUUUCUACAGAGUGUCUUGCAGAAUGGAGUGGGCAGGUAUAUCUGCCAACUGAAGAGAAUCACUCUUGUCUUCAGUAAAGAUGCCCCUAGCAGCAGAGGGGUCAGAGAGUUUAUUGAAGAAGGUGUGGUGGAUUUUGCAAAGCAGAAUCCUGGCGUGGUGAUGUAUGUCACAGCGAAACAGUGUAACGUUCCGAAGCUGGUUGGGGAAUACCUAUUGGAAAAACUACACACGUCAUCUGUGGCCUUUUCCCUUUCCCUUAUGUGGAGUUUAACCGUUGUGAAUGGAUCCAUGAGGGAAGAGCCCCUGAACAGGAAGACUGCUGAGCAAGUUGGCCAACUCAUUCAGAAAAUGGCCAGCCAGUCAGGACUGGACAUCAUCCGUAUUCGCAAACCUUAUCACACCGACAAUCCAAGCAUCCAGAGUCAGUGGACCCCGUUCACUAACAAACCCAGUGUCCUGAACAUGCACGACUUUGAACAGGUUAAAGGAAGGUCUGAGGACAAACUCUGAAGCAAAGUCAAGGACUUAACCAGUAUUAGGUGAAUGGACUGAGCAAAAUAAACUGAUUGUUUUCUAUUUAAAUAAAACUAAACUGGCCAGCA